AUGGUGAUUCCCCACACAGGAUUCUAUGCCGGCUACGUGGCCGGCGCUUUCACGCUUGGACGUUUUCUGAGCGGAUACUUGUGGGGGUACGUUUCCGAUUCCGUAGGGAGGAGACCCGUGAUUCUCGUCGGGCUAUCGGCUACUGCGGUGCUGUCGCUGACAUUCGGUCUGUCCACCACCUACGAGGUCGCCAUUUCGUCCAGGUUCGUCCUCGGGAUCAUGAACGGCAUCACGCCCGCGGUCAGGACCACCGUGUACGAAGUGUGCGGAACAAAUUCGCACGUGGUGCAAGCGAUGGCCUACAUCGACGGUGCCAGAGCUAGUACUAUAGUCUUCGGCUCGGCUAUGGGGGGACUCCUGGUGCAGCCGGUUGAUCACUACCCGAGCGUGUUUUCUGCCACGGGUCUGUUCGGGAGGUUUCCGUUCCUGCUUCCGAACCUCGUCGGGAUGGGUGUGGCGCUCCUACUCCUGCCGACAGUGAUUGCCUACGUUCCCGAAACUAAGGAUUUCGAGAAGACCCGUUCAAGAUCGAGAUUUCGUAGCGAGAGUAGCAGCGAGGACACGACCGGCCAUUCCGCCGAAAGCUCCGCCGAGAGCUCCCCCGCGCGGCAUCGAGCGGUUGCCCGACAUCCCCCACAAGGCGGGAAGUUAGCCUACAGGUCCCUGGAGGACGGGGACGUCUCUGCUCAGCAAGAAGCACAGGAGACCCGCGGCGUGAAUGACUCCGGAGGCCGAGCGAAGCACAAGGAAGGUGGCCUCCAUGCCCGUGAACCACCCGUCACCAGCAAUCGAGAAGAGCAGGGGCUCUGCGGCCCUGGCGGCUUGUUGUCCGUGCCGAGGGUUAAGCCCCUCUUGUUUCUCGUGUGCGUUGUGCAGAGCCUCCUAGCGGGCUUUGAAGAGGUGUUUCCUCUUUGGGCGCUCUCCACCGUGGGUGUUGGGGGGCUGGACUGGGGCACCAUGGAGAUCGGCAAGGUUCUGUUCUUGUCGGGCUGUAUUAUGGUCGUGGCUCAGGUGUUCAUAUUUCCGUCGGUGAUCAAGAUUCUUGGAGCGGUGACGUGGAUGCGUACAGGCUGUCUUCUAGGCAUCUGCACCUUCCUUGCUACCCCGAAUGCCAAGCUCUUCAGCUGGAACCACACCACGCUGUUCGCAGCGUUGGUUGCGAGUGUGACUGUCGCCAACUGCUGCUUGGCAGCGGUGGGCAUCGCGUUGGCAGUGGCGUCGACUAGCAUCGUACCCUCCAGAUUGCGGGGCAAGCUCAGCGGGCUAUACGGCACAGCUGAGAGCUUCGGUCGGUUCGCGAGUGCCGUUGGCUCCGGGGUCUUGUUCGCGUGGUCAAUUUCUUCUGACAACCCUGAUUGGGUCGACCACCGGUUUGUUUUCUAUUCAUCCGCUCUUUCCCUGGGUGUGGCAACGGUGGUGGCAUGGCGCACUCUUCCUGCAGAGAUUUUGGGGGAUAAACCCGCCGCUGAAAACGUGGAGGAUGUGAUCCAUGAUGCUGGCCUUACGCCCAAAAGUGAUCCAAAAGGUAUUGUUUCCUGCUCUCGAUCCACGGGCGAGAUGGACUUGAUAUAA